AUUCUAAUGUUUAGAUGCUAUCAUCGCUGACACAGCCAUUCCGUGCGAUCAUUGAUCAACCCUCGCAGGAAGUCUAUAAAACAACGAACAAAACUCGGCAGCGCUGUAAACAUUCUCUCCGUUUGUCUGUUUUACUGUUGUGUUCACGAUGGCUCAGUUUAACGGAAAAUGGGAGAUUGAAUGUAGCGAAAAUUUUGGCGAAUAUAUGAAAGCUAUCGGUGUAAGUGAUGAUAAACAAGUAGAAGCCGAGAAAUUCUUAGGAGAUUCCUCCAAACUAACUUACGACAUCAGCAACUCCGGGAAUGACUGGGUCUUCAAAAUUACCACCCCCGGGGGAGAGAGGGUUUCCAAAUUCAGCCUGGGUUCCGAAUUCGACACCAACACCUUAGAUGGAAGGCCUGUAAAGGCUGUCUUUACAAUGGAUGGAGACACUUUGAUUGAAAAGCAAACUGGUUCUGGUUUUGAAACGACCAACAAACGGACAGUUUCCGGAAAUACCCUGACCAUGGUCAUGACAGCUGGAAACGGUGUUACGUGUACGAGAAAAUACAAGAAGAUCUAAUAUGUGACUAUAUCAUUUAUGCUUGUAAAUUUUAUUUAAAAUGUAUAUUCAUUUUUUUUAAAAAUGAGAAUCAUGACUCAAUUGAUCAUACAUUCAUUGUAGAUUCUUUUUUAUGUGUUAUCUGAAAUGUCUGCAUAAAAAUGAGAUUUAAACUGAAAAAUAGUGUCAACUUUUUCCCCCAUAAAUCACUUAUUAUUAAAUCAGCACGUAAUAAUAUAUACAUGUACAAUAUACAUAUAUAUGAGUGGCAGAAAAUUACUCAUUCCUUCCAGAUGGGAGUGUAAUGAAUACAUGAUUUAUUUUGGUCUGACAAGUGAAAUUUUACAACAGGCAAAAUUAGCAAUCAUAAGGGUAUAUCGAUUACAUUGUGCAAUGAAAAAAUAUACGCCCAUUCCAAACUACAUAGUGUGCCAGAUUGUAAUUCCCUAUGUGCAGUAAAAAUACCUCGUUAUGAGUCCAUCAAGAGAUCUCGUAUAACAAAUGGAAUUUAUUGGAUUAAGCUUAUUCAAAAGCAGUGGACGAAAGAUAAAAUGAGAAAAUGCAAUAAAGUUGGAUUAGCUUGAUGAAAUUAAAUAUCAUGUUGCGUUCG